ACCCUCUUUGGUUCUCUAGCCGUUGAUCUUCCUUCGACCACCGUGAGACUACAAGUCCAGCAACUACUGCUGAUUGGUGCAACGGUGUAUUAGAGAAUUCCCACUUCCCAGAUGCCAGGAACAAUUCAAGUUUCCGUUCUGGACGUGGACCUUCCAUCUUCAUACUCAUCCUCUUUUUCAUCGUCAAUAUCUGUAAAGGUUUCCAUGGGCAAGAGGGAAUAUCAAACAAUGGGCAAGGGAGACUUCUCUUUUCCAUUGACGGCUUUACGUGACAACUUGGUUCUGACUCUCCUGGAUGGCAAUGGGAAUGAGCUAUCGCGGACAGCAGGUGUAGAGACGAUGUCCAUUGUUGAAAAGGAAAUCUGGGAUGAUCUCUUUCCUCUUGAAGGAGGAGGGCAGCUGCACAUGAAACUGCAAUUCAUCCUCAGUGAUGAAGAGCGCAAGCGGAUUCGAGAAAUGAGAGAAUCUGCAUUGAAGAAGAAACAUGAGGAGCUCAGCAGCAGUCAUAGACAGUUGGACACUCCUGCUGCUCCGGAUCCUACUGUUGGUGUUAAUAUUGCAUCACCGUCAUUGUCCCUCAAACAUGAGGUUGCAGAAAAACCUGCUCAAGACAAAGCUUUAAGCAUUGGAAUGCGAUACAUUCAAGGUGUUUCAAUAUCCAAUCCAGUUAGUCACAGCAACAAUCCAGAGUCUUGUCCUGUAAACAAAGAUGGAACCCCACUUGAUCAACUGGAGAAAACAGCCCCAGACGGCAGUGAAGCAAAUCCAUCAGAGGCUCCACUGUCGCAAGAUCUUAAUGUCCUUGAUCCAACCAAAGCUUAUCUUAUGAAUUUUGAUGGAAAGAUUGAGAUAAAUUUACCUCCUGCAGAUGUUCCUGUGAAGCCAAUUGCUUCACUGGAAGUGAUAGAUUCUCAAUUAGGUUGCUCAGAAUCAUCUGAUACGAAAACUAAGCAUUCCGCUCCUGCUGUAAUGAGAAAAGAUCAAACUCAUACCCCUAAGGAGACCACAUUGGAGAGAACUCCUAGCAGUGUAAGGAAUCUGAUAAGUGCCUUUGAAAGUAGUCUAGCUCAGGAAGUGGGAGCUGAUGGUAAUGCACCAACAACAACGUCCCAAUCAAGAAAGACUGGUCUAAAAUAUCCUUUGAGAGGUCCUUUUGAGGAAGAAACUAUUAGAGAGAAAACUAAGUCAAUGAAACAGAUAUCAUCUAAGCAUUUGAAUUCUUUAUCUAGUGCAAGAUUCGGGGAAGUGAGGCAACAAAGUCCAAAUCAUACGACAAAACAUGGGGAUCAAGUUGGAUUGGAUGCACAGACUGUACAUGGACCAUCUGGGAAGCUCUUACCACACAGCCCUGGGCAGUUGGUGGUGGUGAGUUCAAAUAACACCUCAACCUACCAAACAAACUCAAGUGGAAUAACUAAGUUCAGAGGAGUGGAUAAAUUAGAAUAUAGACGUGAAGAGAGUGAGUCUCCAGAAGACUUCAGUGGACCAUCUAUAACAGAAAUUGCUACAGUUUCAGGAAGGACGCUUGAUGGGCCUUUGGCUACAAACAAACCUUGUGCUUUAUGCACAGACCAACAAGAUUCUUCUCUUGGUUUUGUGUUAAAGGACAAUGGAUGCAGAAAUUGCAGAGAAAAUUCAGAUAAGAUAAAUAUCUUUGGAGCUUCAAACAUAUGGAACAAAUCAGUAGCACAUUCUGAAGUUGAAAGACCAGGAAGCUGGAUAUUACCAGAUGGGUCCAGACGUUUGUGUAUAACAGCAGGGAGUAAACAAGUGAUGGAACUCAUGGGAAACUGGGGUGUAUGCAGAGAAACCCAUCAAAGAGAGAUGAGUCUGUUUAAGAUGGAUGCAUUUGAUGAGCAUAACAUCCAUGAUGAUAGUGAUAUUUGGGUAAAUAAAGAUGACAUGACUUCUCAAUGUUCAAGAACACUGAAUCCUGAAGGUUCUGGAGAUGUUACAAUUUCUGGAGGACUGAUUGGACAGGUAGUAAAGGUUGCAAUAAUGGUGGCAUUUGGAACACUUGUCCUGGUUACCAGACAAAGAAAAAGCAGGUCUCUUUAGUCUUUAUAGAACUCUCAUGCCUCAUUCAUUUUUGUGUAUAUUUAUCUUCUGGUCCUUAAGCAUGAUGACAUAGGAAUGAUGUAAGUAUGCUGGAUGUCACUGUCAAGAGGCUCCAGCUUCAGGCACUGCAUUAGAAACAAAGAAAGGGUUGGGCACUUAUUUGUGUGGUGCCAAACCUGAUGCUGUUCUGUAUUUGGGGUUUAACUCAUUUAUUUACUGUUCU